GUUAUUUCUGUAGAUGACGUUGGCUUUUUCAACGAACUUGUCAUUCAUAUCAAUUCUGUUAAGCAUUUGUUUCAGCAUUGUCAGUUACAGGACAGCCUUAUCAGUCGGUAAAAGUUGGUCACAUAAGUGCAAGCAAUUAUAGUUGCAAAAUGCUGAUCAUGCAUAUCUGUGCAUAUCGUCCAGUUUAAUGAUAAAGCGCUUUAGCAAUGUCGCACUUCUCUAAGCCGCAACCCCUACGUGAUCAUUUCACGUUAAGCGGUAAGAAGGUCAGGAGUGCUCGGAAAUGUAUUCAGGAAAUGUAUUUACACCUUUGAACUAUUUCAAAGUGUGCGGUGUAUACUGCUGUCAGUGAAAAUUACGUGUCUAGUCUCUACAUCUAUCAGAGGUCGAUUUAUGAACGAACAUUUCAGUACAAUUAGUUGUGUUGGGUGGAAAAGAAUGUGAAAAGUUAAAAUUUUGUGAAUCGAAUCUGUGGUAUGUCCAGGUUUGCCGCCUGGGUACUUUUGGCAAACAGAUCAGUCAGCAACCAAAUGAAUCAAACAUUCAAUCAUUAACAUAUCACGACGUGUUUAGACACAUUUUCAUUGAUUGAUUAACUGCAACCUAAUCCUACGUGAGAUUAAAACAAGGAGGGCACUAAUAAUAGGCUUGCAUGCGCCUUAAAUGAGAUUGCAUUGGCAGUUCCUCGAGCCAGACACAAGCUUGUCUUUGUUAACUGCUGAAGCACUGCGCGCUGACCUGACCCCAGUUGCUCUCCUUGGCCACCUUGCGCGCUCACUCAUGCUGUCAGGAAUCCUACUUGCGGGGAGACAGGGACAACGGCAACUGGUGUGCCAUGCCGUGUCUCGCUCACGAAGAAAUGUGAUGAACAAGGUAGCUUUCCCGAAGAUUGAGGAAAACAAAGACAAUAAGACCGAUAAUAAGACAGAGAGAAGCCGCGCGGCGAUAGUUUUCUCUCUGAAGAAUGAAGUUGGAGGAUUGGUCAAGGCACUUAAACUUUUUCAGGAAAAUCACGUCAACCUCGUGCAUAUCGAGUCCCGGAAGUCAAAAAGACGCAACUCUGAGUUCGAGAUCUUCGUAGACUGCGAUAGCAACCACGAGCAGCUAAAUGAGAUAAUUCAGCUUCUCAGGAAGCACGUGAAUGUUGUGGACAUGGACAACUCGACUUUACGCGAAGAAGAUGUGGAUAUGGAACAUGUGCCAUGGUUCCCCAAGAAGAUCUCUGACCUGGACAAGUGUGCCAACCGUGUACUGAUGUAUGGGUCAGACCUGGACGCAGACCAUCCGGGCUUCAAAGACAAUGUCUACAGAAAGAGAAGAAAGUAUUUUGCAGACCUGGCCAUGGGCUACAAACACGGGGAUCCUAUUCCUUGGGUUGAGUUCACGGAGGAAGAGGUGCGGACAUGGGGUGUUGUAUUCCGGGAGUUGAAUAAACUGUACCCCACCCAUGCCUGCCGCGAGUACCUGAAGAAUCUGCCGCUGCUCACCAAACACUGUCAAUACAGAGAGGAUAACAUCCCGCAGUUGGAGGACGUCUCGCGCUUCCUGAGAGAACGCACAGGCUUCACCAUCAGGCCCGUGGCAGGCUACCUCUCCCCCAGAGACUUCCUGGCAGGCCUGGCCUUCCGGGUGUUCCACUGCACGCAGUACGUCAGGCACAGCUCCGACCCACUCUACACUCCUGAGCCGGACACUUGUCAUGAACUGCUGGGCCAUGUUCCCCUCCUGGCUGAGCCCAGCUUUGCUCAGUUCUCCCAGGAGAUUGGACUGGCAUCACUGGGAGCCUCUGAUGACUCUGUACAGAAGCUUGCCACUUGCUAUUUCUUCACAGUGGAGUUUGGCCUUUGCAAACAGGAGGGAAAGCUGAGAGCCUAUGGAGCUGGCUUGCUGUCUUCAAUCAGUGAGCUCAAGCAUGCCCUCUCAGGAAAUGCCCGCAUUACACCCUUUGACCCCAAUGUGACAUCCAAACAGGAGUGUUUAAUCACCACCUUCCAGGAUGUCUACUUUGUGUCAGACAGCUUUGAGGAAGCCAAGGUGAAGAUGAGGGAGUUUGCUAAGACCAUCAAGCGGCCGUUCACGGUGCGGUACAACCCCUACACCCAGAGCGUGGAUGUGCUGAAGGACACCAUGAGCAUCAACAGCGUGGUGGAGGAGCUCCGACAUGAGCUCGACAUUGUGGGCGACGCCCUCAGCCGACUCAACGAGCAGCUGGGAGUGUGAUUGGACCGGAUGCCUCAGGCCUGCGGAUCUCCAUUACUUAAUCCAGCUUCCGGUGAUACCACAUAAGGCUAGGAUCAUCCAUUGAGCAAGGGACUUUGAAACGGAUGUGAACCUGAUCCAGCAUAUCUGUGCCAGAUCAGGGUCAGAUCUGGGUCAGAUCUGUACCAGGAUUGGCUGCAGUCUGUUUGCACCUGUUUGCCGUCUCACCCAUCACUCUUUGCACAACAGAGAACAUAGAUAUAUGGAAUCCUACAGACUUACCUGAUACAUAACAAACCUAUUACAUUUUAAAGUAACAAUAACCUUCAUAACUUUAUUUCUUCACAUGAAAGAUAAACACAAGUCAACAGCUGUGUCUUUCUACAAACACAAUCCACUGAUACCAAAUAGAACAAUUCUAUGUCAAAUAUUCAACACUGAGAAAUGUAAGAUAUUUUUCGAAUUUUGUCUACUUUAGAGAACACUCACUGCUGUCUAUCUGUUGUUCGUGUCUUUGAUUUUUUGAUGGUGGAUUUAUGCAAGGCGGCCAUAUUAAAUAUGGAAACUUUUUAUGUUAUAUGUGACAUUUUGUUAUGUGAUUGUCAAAUAAGGUUUUAUGAACAUAUAACAUACAGAAUCAUUUUUAAAUGUCCAUGGCUUUAGUUUGUGUGAAAAUCUUUUAAACGUUUGCUUACCUAGGCAUGAUUCUCUAUCUUAAAUGUGAUAGUCCAGUGAUCUGUGUGAGAUUUGUGCUAUGUACCCUCAACUCUACAGGCCACAGUUUUAGUGUCUCUUCUGUUACAUUACUACACACACAACAGUGAUAUGUAUGACAUGAAAAUAAACUGUAAAUAAAAAGUUAUAAUAAUGACCUGUUGUGUUAUAUAGCCUACUUUCUGAAGCUCUAGAUUUGUAUCUUGUAUUAUCCCAUUCAGUAGUAUUUUUACGUGUGUUGGGUGAAAUGCUAUUUUCCAUUCUGUAAUUAAACUCGGUGUCUCUGUAGCACACAUGUAAUGGCUGAAUAUAUUUGAACUCUUACAAAUAAAGAGUAAUUAUUUUUAUACCCUUAAAAAAA